AUGCACAAAGGCACCCAAUUGGUUUGUUUUAUUGCCAUCUUGAUGUUAUUGGCAACAAGCUGGGGAGGAAUAGAAGCAAGAUCAUUUCACGGCCGUGAUUUUCAGGAUCUGCUGGAAGCCUUAGACAAUAACCUUGAACAACGUGCAAGUUGUAAUAAUGGUUGUAGUUGUCGUCGUGCUGGUAUUUUUUCUCCUUAUUUUUGUGCUACUGUUGGUCGUGGUGGUACUGGUCCUCUUUCUUCUGUGGUUGUUAGAAGAAAACAUGAAACAAUAUAUAUACUCCAUCAUAUUUAUUGUCGCAAUCGCCUAUUUAUUCCAGCUAUUAUUUAUACCAGAACGAACGAUUUUUACUAA